GCCGCAGCGCGAGCGGAGGAGAGGGGCCGGCGGAGCGCGCAGCGCCCAGGCCCCCGCGCCCGCCCGGCCCGGCCCGCGGCCCCGCGCCGCCUCCGCUCGGACGCGGCGGCCGCCUCACGACCUGGCCAUCUGGCUUUAGGGUCUCUGUAAGGCCGUCUUCUUCUCUCAUUCGCUCAUCUGCCAGGAAGAGAGACUCGCCGUUAGCGCUUCGGCCUCCAGUUCAUUGAGAAAAACGAGGAAAUACUCCGCGUGCGCUUCUGGAAAGGGGGGCGGGAGGGGGGGUCGCCUCCAGCCCUGAACCUCGGAGUGUUAAUCGGCUGGGGACUUGGCUCCGGAUUUUCCUCUCCUUUUUAACUCCCGCCGAUUGCUCCGAAGUUGGACUGAAGCAGAGUUUGGAAAGAAGGGGGGAAAGUUUGCAUCGGGGCUGGAAUUAUUUGCACACCGCUGGAAGAAGAGACUCCAACGGAGAGGGGUUGGUGCAAAGCCGCGAUCACGGAAUUCAGAUGUGUUCUAAGCCUGCUGGAGUGACCACACUUCCAAGACCCGAUGGAGGCCAGAGCUCAGAGUGGCAGUGGGUCACAGCCCUUGCUGCAGGCACCCCGUAACAGUGGGAGACAGCGUGGGGAGCCUGACCCUAGAGAAGCCCUCAUCCAGCAGGCACACGUGCUGUCCCUGGAUCAGAUCAGAGCUAUACGAAACACCAAUGAGUACACAGAGGGGCCUACUGUUGUCCCGAGACCUGGCCUCAAGCCUGCUCCUCGCCCCUCUGCUCAGCACAAACACGAGAGACUCCACGGUCUGCCGGAGCACCGCCAGCCUCCCAGGCUCCAGCACCCGCAGGCCCAUUCUUCUGCACGAGCACCUCUGUCCAGGUCUAUCAGCACGGUCAGCUCGGGGUCUCGGAGCAGUACGAGGACAAGUACCAGCAGCAGCUCCUCGGAACAGAGACUGUUGGGACCAUCCUUCUCCUCUGGGCCAAGUGCCGACGGGAUAAUCCGGGUGCAGCCCAAAUCUGAGCUCAAGCCAGGUGAGCUUAAGCCGCUGAGCAAGGAAGAUUUGGGCCUGCAUGCCUACAGGUGUGAGGACUGUGGCAAGUGCAAGUGUAAGGAGUGCACCUAUCCGAGGCCCCUGCCAUCGGACUGGAUCUGCGACAAGCAGUGUCUUUGCUCGGCCCAGAACGUGAUUGACUAUGGGACUUGUGUGUGCUGUGUGAAAGGUCUCUUCUAUCACUGUUCUAGCGAUGACGAGGACAACUGUGCUGACAACCCGUGUUCUUGCAGCCAGUCUCACUGUUGUACACGUUGGUCGGCGAUGGGCGUCAUGUCUCUCUUUUUGCCUUGUUUAUGGUGUUACCUUCCAGCCAAGGGUUGCCUUAAGUUGUGCCAGGGGUGUUAUGAUCGGGUUAAUAGGCCUGGAUGCCGGUGUAAAAACUCAAACACAGUUUGCUGCAAAGUUCCCACUGUCCCACCCAGGAACUUUGAAAAACCAACAUAGCAUUAUUAAUCAGGAAUAUUACAGUAAUAGGAUUGUUCCUUUUUUUCUCUC